AUGAAGACCGCCCACCACAGGCAUCCGACUGGAGACCCUUUAUAGAUUUAAAAAGCGAGACGGAAUCCGUGUGUAUGACAGUCACUGAGUGCAAAGUAUCGGGCGAAGAUCUGUCGGUCUGUUAUCCGUCCGUCUCCAACACGCGUCUCCACUUUUCAUUGAGGAUGCUACAAUUGCCGCGGCUCCGACAGGGCGUCAUCGCGCUUCUCAUAUGGUUUGCGCACUCGAUGGAACAGCAUAAAGUUCAAGGUGGCAACUGCUGGCUUCAGCAGGGCAAGAACGGGAGAUGCCAGGUUCUGUACAUGUCUGGGAUGAGUCGGGAGGACUGCUGUAGAAGUGGUCGACUCGGCACGGCGUGGACCGAAGAGGAUGUGCCAAAUAACACACUCUUCCGGUGGCUGAUCUUCAAUGGCGGUGCACCAAACUGUAUACCUUGUAAAGAGACUUGUGAUAAUGUGGACUGUGGUCCUGGGAAGAGGUGCAAGAUGAACAAGCGGAAUAAACCCCGCUGUGUGUGUGCCCCAGACUGCUCCAGUGUCACAUUUAAAGGGCCGGUGUGUGGCUCAGACGGCAAAACCUACCGGAACGAGUGUGCCCUGCUCAGAGCCAAGUGCAAGAGACAUCCUGACCUGACUGCGCAGUAUCAGGGAAAAUGCAAAAAGUCGUGCUAUGAUGUGGUUUGCCCUGGAACCUCAACAUGUAUACUGGACCAGACCAACAACGCCUACUGCGUGACCUGUAACCAGCUUUGUCCUGAAGAGACUUCGCCAGAGCAAUACCUGUGUGGUAAUGAUGGGACUGUGUACGCCAGUGCCUGCCAUCUCAGAAGAGCAACGUGUAUCAUGGGACGAUCCAUUGGAGUAGCCUAUGAAGGGAAAUGCAUAGAUGCCAGAUCAUGUGAGGACAUCAACUGCCGAGAGGGACGAAAAUGUCUGUGGGAUAAGCAGACAGGAAGGGGACGCUGUUUGGUGUGCGAGGACACCUGUCCUGAAAGUCGUCCAGGCGACAGCGUCUGCGCCAGUGACAAUGCCACUUACCCUAGCGAGUGUGGCAUGCGACAGGCUGCCUGCUCUUUGGGUCUCGUCCUGGAAGUCAAACACUUGGGCUCCUGCAACUCCCUCCCAGAGGAGAUGAAUGAAGAGGAGGAAGAUGAAGAUUACACAGAUAAUAGCCAUGUAUCUCUGUUACUGACUGGAUAAACCACAGUCAACAGCAGAACUCGGUUUCAGCACAGUCAUGUUGAUAUUGUACAUACAUGUACUCAUAUUUAUUUUCCAUGGACAGACGUGGAAGAUGCUUAUUGUUGUAGAUGUUUAUUUAUACAUUUUUUUCUUAUUAUUUAUACAUUCAUAGUCUGAAUAAAUGAACUGUCAUUUUUUCUUUGUAAUCUUUGGAAAAAUAUUAUUUAUUUUAACGUGCAAUGUUACUCUAUGUAAGGUAAAUGUGUUUUGAAAAGUGUAUAAUAAUACAUUUUGUGAAAAAAAAAUAAAAUAAAAAAAACGUCCAACUUGCCAACUUUCCAAAUGGAAUAUCUGCAACAUAUUUGCAUGUGUAUUCUGUGUAAUCUAAUGUUCACUAAUUAAUGUACUUACCGUAGAUUUGAUUCUGUUUACAAUCAAAGCCGACCAAAGCGGCUUUGUCAUUAAAAUCUUUGAAUGAUUUUCUUUUCCAUUUUAACAUGUACACCAAAAAGAAAAAAACAAACAGUGGUUUAAUGUUACAUAAAUAGUGUUAAAUAAAUUAAUCAUGUUUUCCUGGUGGAAUCAAUGAAUUUUGAUUUCUAGAAACUGACAAUUUUGCCAGUGUUGUGUGUGGAUGCUCGACAGAGGAAUCUAGUUUAUCAUAUAUUGUAAAGAUUGAACUAUAUCAAUUUUAACAUUGUUGGUCUUUUUUUUUUUUUUUUUUUUCAUUUUAGACAUCCAUCUAUAAAUGCAGUUUUGUAUUUUUAUGUAAAUGUUUAAUGUACAUAAAAUGUAUUAUGCUAUUUGUAAAGAAGCAGUAUAAAGAGUAAAA